GGCGCUGGACGGGCGGGUGGUCACCCCCGUCCCGCUACCCGCCCGCUCGGCGCGGCUCCUUGCCCUUUCCUCCCGCCACCAGCGCGUCAGGACCCGCUGCACCGAGGCGUGCGAGGGGCGUCUGAAGGGGGCUUUGCAGGGACGCUCUGUCCCGCGCCGGCGGGGAGGAUGGGCGUGCUCAGGGUCGGCCUGUGCCCAGGCCUCAGCCCGGAGAUGGUCCAGCUCCUGAGGAGCCGCGGCAUCAGGACAGUGGUGGACCUGGCCUCCGCGGACCUGGAGGAGGUGGCCCAGAAGUCUGGCUUGUCUUACAAGGCCCUGGUCGCCCUGCGGCGGGUGCUGCUGGCUCAGUUCUCGGCUUUCCCCAUCAAUGGCGCUGAUCUCUACGAGGAACUCAAGAGCUCCACCGCCAUCCUGUCCACGGGCAUCGGGAGCCUGGACAAACUGCUUGAUGCUGGUCUCUAUACUGGAGAAGUAACUGAAAUCGUAGGAGCCCCAGGUAGCGGCAAAACCCAGGUAUGUCUUUGUGUGACUGCCCAUGUGGCCCAUGGCCUCCAGCAGAACGUCUUGUACAUUGAUUCCAAUGGAGGGCUGACAGCCUCGCGCCUCCUCCAGCUGCUGCAGGCUAGAACCCAGGACGAGGAGGAACAGGCAGCAGCUCUGCAGAGGAUCCAGGUGGCACGUGCGUUUGACAUCUUCCAGAUGCUGGAUGUGCUGCAGGACCUCCGAGGCGCUGUGGCCCAGCAGUCUCUCCAGGUGACGGGUUCUUCAGGGACUGUGAAGGUAGUCAUUGUGGACUCGGUGACUGCGGUGGUCUCCCCACUUCUGGGAGGUCAGCAGAGGGAAGGCUUGGCCUUGAUGAUGCAGCUGGCCCGAGAGCUGAAGACCCUGGCCCGGGACCUUGGCCUGGCGGUGGUGGUGACCAACCAUGUGACCCGAGAUAGGGACAGUGGGAAGCUUAAACCUGCUCUUGGACGCUCCUGGAGCUUUGUACCUAACACCCGGAUUCUCCUGAACAUCACUGAGGAAGCAGGAGCAUCAGAAAGGAGCUGGCGCACAGCGUGUCUGACCAAAUCCCCCCGUCAGCCAACGGGUGUCCAGGAGGUUGUAGACAUUAUGACCUGGGGGCCUCCAGAGCAGAGCUCAGCAUCCCAAGAAGAACAGACGUGACUGGUGCAAUGACUGGUGCUGUUGUUUGGGAAGCGGAGGGCAUUGAGGCCCUCCCGAAUUUUCCUUCCUAGUGGGACCUGCUGUUCACUGCCACUCAUCCUGGGACUGCCAUGUUCUCAGGCUGGUGAGAGGAGAGAGGACAGCCUCACUCUGUAAGAAGUCAUGGAGCCACAGGCCAGGGAGGAGGCUACAGUGGGAAAACCCAGAAGUUCAAGAUUCAGAUUCCUUCCCUUGUUCUGCGAGCGCUGAGCUCACCCUGACUUGGGGCGUCUCUGAAGAGGCACGCUAAUGACUGGCUGGUCACCCUGAAUGUCACCGUCUGAUCCUGUGCUGCGUCCUAGCGUGGUGACCGAGCCAGGAAGCCUGUGCUUGCCUUUGCUUCUGUCUCUUCUUUCUGUUGGGAGUGAGGGCCUCUGUGUGUGUAUCUUAGCUCCCUUUCCCUUGGCUGUCUCUUGAGUUACUGGGGAAAUAACCUCAUGAAUGCAAAACUCUCCUUUGUCUAUGUCCUUUUCUUAAAAAUAUAGAAAGAAAAUUCCCUGAGCCCCCCCCCCCCCAAGAAGGUUGUUUUUCAGGGAUCCCCACAGAACGGUUAUUCCUCCUCUCUCUAGCUGGUUUGGUUUCACACACCUGCAUUCGUCACCAUGAAUAGGUGGCAGUGGGAGCUUGCAGCAGUCCCAGGGGUAUAACUUAACAGGAAGGGAGGAUAGGAACUGCUCCCGGUGAAUCCAGUCACUUGUUUAAUAUGCACGGUGCCCUGUGGGGCCGUUGCACAGGGUGGAGUGACCAGAGGUGUUGAACCAUGGCCUUGCCCAUAAACAGAGAAGAACACACACAGUAAAUAGAGCCAGCUGGGGAAAUUGAUGCUGGUGUCAAUCAUACAUGGCAAGUCUGUAGAAAUUCAUUGCUGGUGGCUCCGAGAUGCAAUAUAAUUACAGCUCUUCCUGCCAGCUGUACCACAGCCUAGUGCCCAAGUGUAUGAAAUCACCCCCCAGUCUGUGAUCAGCACUGUGGCCAUCCAUCUGAGAGCCGUAACCCUGUCUGGGAGGGGAGGUGACACCAGGGAGUGUAAAAUAAAAGGCAAAGUAGGCAAUUGGUCAGGAUUGCUUACUGACCAUAUUUUUUUUUUACUUUUUUUUGAAAGAGAGACACUGAAAGAGUUCCCAUCACUGGUUCACUCCCUAAAUGUGCACAACAGCUAUAGCUGGGCCAGGCUGAAACUGGGAGCUGUGAAUUCAUUUCAGGUAUCCCACGUGGGUGGCAGGGACCCAGCCACCUGAGCCAUCACCGGCUGCCUCCCAGGGUCUCCCUCAACAGGAAGCUGGAAUCAGGAGUGGAGCGAGCUGAAAGUCGAACCCAGAUGUGGCUUACAUGGGAUGCAGAUGUCCCAAGUGCUGUCUUAAUGUGUCUGCACCAACUACAUGUUUGUUUCGUUUUUUGUUUUUUGUUUUGUUUUGUUUUUUUAAGAUUUAUUUAUUUAUUUGGAAGGCAGAGUUACAGAGAAGCAGAGAGAGAAAGAGAGGUCUUCCAUCAUCUGUUGGUUCACUCCCCAAAAUGCCACAAUAACUGGAGCUGGGCUGAUCAGGAGACAGGAGCUUCUUCCAAGUUUCCCACGUGGGUGCAGGGGCCCAAGAACUUGGCCAUUUUCUACUGCUUUCCCAGGCCAUAGCAGAGAGCUGGAUUGGAAGUGGGGCAGCUAGAACUCGAACUGGCACCCAUAUGGGAUGCUGGCACCACAGGCCGGGGCUUUAACCCACUGUGCCAAGCGUCGGCCUUGCUUCAUCCUCUAGACUUUGCUCUGUCUUGCCUGCAUGCCGGCUACAUGCUCCACUGUGGCCACACUGCACUAUGCAGUCCUCUGAUAGGCCUCAGAGUGGCUCUUGGUCCCAGUGCUCUCUUUGUUUACGUGUCUGCCUCUGCCUGUCCCUCGCUGUGCCCACUGUACACUCACUCUGACAUUCUUCCUUCUUCAUGCCUCAACUGUUGUCUGGAUGGAUGUUUCUACCACACUGUGGACUUGCACCUUCAUUCGCAUAUCUGCCUGUUAGCCUGAGAUGCACUCCAAGGGCUUUUGUGUCCAUUUCUUUCUCCACGUUAUGGUAGUGAUUAUGAAGCAUAUGAUAUUGGAUAAGUCUUUAAAAAAUACUUCUUUGAGAGAGAGCUCCCAUUCGUUGGGUCAGUCCCCAAAUGUACACAACAGCCCUGGGUGGGAUACUGAAGCCAGGAGCUGGAAACAAUCCAAGUCUCCCAUGUGGGUGGCAGUGACACAAUUACUUGAGCCAUCAAUACUGUCUCCCAGGGUUUGCAUCAGCAGGAAGCUGGAGUCAAGAAGAUCCAGGACUUGAACCCAGGUACACUGAUAAGGCACAAGGGCUAUUUAAACCUGUGACUUAACCACCAGGCUAAGUAACUGCCCCUUAAUACAUUUUAAAGAUGGCAUAAGAAAGAUGCAGUAAUGUUUUCCUGUUGAUUUAGAUAAUUAAGUCUCCAGUCUUUUAUUCACAUCUUUCUACACGAGACUAUUAGGUGUCUUUCAUUUGAAAUGAGACAAAAUGGGGGCCGGUGCCAUGGCUCACUUGGUUAAUCCUCCACCUGCGGCGCCGGCAUCCCAUAUGGGCACCGGAUUCUGUCCCAGUUGCUCCUCUUCCAGUGCAGCUCUCUGCUGUGGCCCAGGAAGGCAGUGGAGGAUGGCCCAAGUGCUUGGGUCCCUGCACUCACAUGGGAAACCAGGAGGAAGAACCCAGCUCCUGGCUUUGGAUAGGCGUAGCGCCGGCCAUAGUGGCCAUUAGGGGAGUGAACCAAAGGAGGGAAGACUUUUGUCUCUCUCUCUCUCACUGUCUAUAACUACCUGUAAAAAAAAAAAAAAAAAAGAGAGAGACAAAAUGAAUAUUGAGUCACUACUGUGUGCUAGCACUUGGUGGCCUUCAAGUCAGACAUUUGAACUCCCAGAGACUCAGGUAAAGGGCCCGGGUAUCACGAAACCUGCUUCCCCCUGCAAGAAACAAAAUGCAGUGUGAAGAAGUGUAAACAAUACUGUCAGUUCUUAUCUCUAAUAACAUGAAGUCCAGGUUGGUUAAUUUAGUGGUCAGUCAGGAGGCGUAGGGCCUUUCCAGCUUUCUGUUCUGUUCUCCUUUGUGUGGGCUUGGUUUUCAAGCUCACUGCUCUCAUCAAAGCCUAGCUGCAGCCAGUCUGAGCAUCAGUCCAGACAUGACAAUAUUGAUGGGCGGGAAAGGGAUCACCUUGUAACCUUUUAAGAACAAAGGGGGCCCGGUGCUGUGGCGCAGCAGUUUAAAGCCCUGGCCUGAAGUGCCGGCACCCAUAGGGGUGCUGGUUCUAGUCCUAGCUACUCUUCUUCCAACCCAGCUCUCUGCUAUGGCGUGGGAAAGCAGUAGAAGAUGGCCCAAGUCCUUGGACCCCUGCACCUGUGUGGGAGACCCGAAGGAAGUUCCUGGCUCCUGGCUUCAGUUUGGCACAGCUCCGGCCAUUGAGGCCAUCUGGGAAGUGAAGCAGUGCAUGGAAGACCUCUCUCUGUCUCUACCACUCUCUGGAACUCUGUCUUUCAAAUAAAUAAAUCUUAAAAAACAAACAAACAAAACCAAAGGGGAGGGGGCUAGCGCUGUGGCAUAGUGGGUAAAGCUGCUGCCUGCAGUGUUGGCAUCCCAUAUGGGUGGUGUUCUAGUCCCAGCUGCUCCACUUCCAAUCCAGCUCUCUGCUAUGGCCUGGGAAAGCAGUACAAGAUGGCCCAAGUCCUUUGGCCCCUGCAUCUGCAAGGGAGACUCGGAAGAAGCUCCUGGCUCCUGGCUUCAAGUCAGCGUAGCUCUAGCCGUUGCGGCCAUCUGGGGUGUGAACCAGCAGAUGGAAGACCUCUCUCUUUCUCUCUCUGCCUCUGUCUCAAAUAAGUAAAUGAAUCUUUAAAAAAAAAAAAAGGAGAGGGGUCAGGUGGUGUUGUGGUGUAGCUCGUAUUGCUUCUGUCUGUGAUCCCAUAUGGGUACAGUUCGAGUCUCGGCUGUUCCGCUUUCAAUCCAGUUCCCUGUUAAUGUUCCUGGGGUAAACAGCGGAGGAUGGCCCAAGUACUUGGGCUCCUGCAUCCACAUGGGAGACUUGGAAGAAGCUCCUGGCUCCUAGCUUUGGCUUGGCCCAGCUCCAGCCCCAGCUAUUGCAGCCAUUUGGGGAGUAAACCAGCAGAUGGAAGAUCUCUCGCUCUGUCUCUCCUCUCUCUGUAACUCUGCCUUUCAAACAAAGUAAAGCAAAAAGAACAAAGGCAAGGCAGAAUUGUGACACAGCAGGUUAAGUCUCCACUUGGGACUAAGCGUCUUACAUUGAUGUUCUUGGGUUCAAGUCCCACCUCUGCUUCCAAUCCAACUUCCUCCUAAUGUGCACCCUGGGAGGCGGCAGAGAUGGCUCAAGUACUUGGGUCUCUACCACCCCAUGGGGGACUUGGAGUUUCUGGCUCUUGGCUUUGGCCUGGCCCAGCCCUGGCUGUUGAGGGCCUGUGGAGAGUGAACCGGUAGAUGGAAGAUCUCUCUGUCUCUCUACCUUUCAAAUAAAGUGAAAAGAAAUAAAAAUUUUAAAAAGGAACACUCAGAACUUGCUAAAAAGCAGACUUCAUAUCAGAAGCAAAAUGGCUAUGUCCAGGUCUAAUUUAGGAACUGGCAGGAGAAAUGGGAUAACUGUGAUCGGCUCAGACCCACCUAGGAAGAGCUCUGGAGCUCCAGCUGGGGACAGAUUUUUCUGCAGUGCAGGCUGUGGCCAUGGGGAGAAAAUGGAAUUUCUCUUAGGAGAGCGGGAGUGUGUGUGAAGGAAUUGGACGUUGAUUGGGUGAGUGGGCAAGCACUAGUGCCUGCCAGAAGCCAGAAGGCAGUUGUACUGAGGCUCCCUGAUGUGUGCUUAGGCCCUUUAUAGACAUCUCAUUAUGACCUUCGCACAGCCUCAUGGCAUAGGAAAUCAUUCUGCUUCACAGACAAUCAACAGGAGCUCAGCAAGGUUAAGGACAUAAAGCUAGCAAGAGGCAGCACGGGAAUCCACACUCAAGCUUGUCUGAUGCCAAGCCCCCGCCUUCCCAUCCUCGCACUCCCUGUGGCUGUAAAUAUGUAAAUGUUCCAACAAAAUUCUUUACACUUUUCCCUGAGAGUAGCAAAGGCUGCAUAUCCCCACCUUGUUUCAGCUUAGCUCACCAUAAAAAGUUGGAUAAGGGAUCUUCUUUAUUAGCCCUUUCUGAUUUCCCCCAGGAACAUUAAGAGGAUGGCAAACACUCGGGGAGGCAGAUACUGGAGGUUUAGAUGGGAAAUUAAUAAACCAAAUGAAAAACAGCAGGUCUGUGCACUCCUGAGAAGUGAGCCCCGAGCAGACAAGGGAUUUAGAUGCAUAUCUGUGUUCAGGCAUGGAGUUGUCUGGGUAGAGCUUAAAUGUGUGUGUGUAGCAUGGGCAUCGGAGAAGGCUCUGAUGCAUACAUAAACUUAAAUGAGGGCUAGGUGUGUGAUCGAUCAGAAGUCACCCCUGAGUGCUUUUCAUCUUUUUUUUUCUUGUCCUAUUGCACUGGCUAGACUAACUGCAGUACUCUAGAACAGAAACGGUGGCCACUGUCCUCUUCUUGUUCCCAACUUUUGUGGGCCGUUUUUAAUAUUUUGUCGUGGAGUUAGAUGUCUUUGUUAUCUCUUGGUGUUUAUCAUCACUCUUGGAGGGGAGGCCUGGUGUUGGCCGUGGCAUUGGCCACGUGUCGCGUUUUCUCUCCGAGCCAGUGGGAUGUCCGCGUGUCCUGGAGCUGGACGGCUGCAGUUCAGCUGCUGUACAAGGCAGCCUUCUCAAGCAGCCCAGAGUCUUGUCUGGCCCCUGGCCCCUCUGCAGUCUCUGGGACGACAGCCUGUGUGUGUCUGUGCUAAGAACUCUAUAAAGUCAAAAAAUGGGAUGAUUUUUUUCACAGUCGCUUAUUUGGUCCCACCUCUGACAUUCACUUGCUAUAUGACAUUAGAUAAAUCACUCAUCCUCUUUAAGCCUUAUUUUAAUCUGCUGUGAAAUGGGAAAAAUAGUACCUGCUUCACGGAGUUGUCUUAAGGUGCUACAGAUGAUGUAGGGAUGCUUUUUCAGAUAUAUAACAGGCACUCAGUCCCAUAUCCUCAGAGGGCUUACAUGCCUGGGAGCGGCUGGGGCCAGCUUUCUGGUAGUGUGACUCGUGCAGUCUCUCGGGGCCCUGUGUGCUUAGUUCAGUGCUGUGCUGGUGCUACCUUGACACGGAAUUUUUGACCAAGGAACCCACAUUUUGCACUGUGCCCACAAACUGUGUAGCCAGUCCUGUCUCCAGGAACUGGUCGAGCUCUAGCACUGGUGUUUCUCUCUGGGAAACAUCCGACCACUGAUUUCUUAGGGAAUAACUGACUCCCUCGGAGCGUAACUUCUCAUAGAAAAGUUAGCGUCACCAUCCUGUGUACGUUCAGAUCUUACUGUUCCAUUCUGGAACAUAAUCACUCUCAGAAAGGAACACCAUAUUUUACAGAAAUUACUUGGUCCAGAGAAGUUAAGGUGAACUCAUAAAGUGGAGUGACGACUCAGGAUUUUGUAAUCAGGAAAAGAUACUGGUUCACAAUCUUGCUGGGUCCUUCCUGGCUGAGUCACUUCAGGGCACUAUCUCUGUCUUACUGGUAGAACCUGUGUUGCAGAGGAAUUGCACUUUCCUUAUUGGUAAGAUAUAUAUCUCAGAGGAAUCAAACACGAUUUAUGUGACAUGCCUUCCACCGAGAGUCUGGCACACAGUAGGUACUCCAUCACCAUUCAUCCUUCCAACUCUUGCCAGAAGUAACAAAAAAUCAGAGCGUUAGUGCUUAAAAGCCAUAGUGCUACUGAUAAAACAAAUAAUAUGAUUUAUUUUUUCACUACUGUUUGGGGAAGGGCAUGUGCUUCAUAAAUAUGUAUUGGAAAGUACUUAGCAAAUGAGUAGAAAUAAUAAAAAUAUG